CUGUCCCCAUUCCACGGCCGCACUCCUUUUUAAGGCAGGGCAAACGAAUUCUAAGCCAACAACUUCGCGAUAGAAGAUCUCGGAGGAAUAAAGAACUCCAGCAGAAUCGAAUCGAUCAAUGGAGAGUGUGAAAUCUAAUGGCACUGAGCAAGUAGCGAAGUCGUCGUCACUGUCGUCGUCGCUGUCGUCAUGGCAGAGCAACCUGCAGGAGGCGGCAAUGGAGGAGUUGAACAGAGGCCAGAAGCAGGCGGCGCGGCUGCUGCUUCUUCUUAAGGGCGUGCUGUCGUCGCCGGAGAGCCGCCCGGCGGCGGAGCUGCUGGUGGACGUCGGCGCCGCCUUCGCCAAAGCACUGACUUUCAUGGAACUAAAGAAGGAUGAAUCCGAAUCGGAUAAGGCACCAAUUAACUCUGAAGGGAUGAGUAGCUGCAGCCAUGAACAGAUCAAGAGGAAGUUCCAAACUUCGAGGAGAAGAAGCUGCAGAAGAAGAGCACAUCCAUACUCAUGCACAACAAUAUUCUCCACUAAGAUUGAAGACGGCCAUGGAUGGCGCAAAUAUGGGCAGAAGGGAAUCUAUGGAUCCAAGCAUCCAAGGAGCUACUACAGAUGCGUCCACAAGCAUGACAGAGGCUGCCCAGUCACAAGACAAGUGCAGAGGACCGAAGAGAACGACUCCAUCUUCGCAAUCACCUACGUGGGACAACACACCUGCACGGAGGACGAUCGUACUACUGCAGCCACCGACCUGCAGGCGCUCACUCUCGAAUCGAAAAUGAACAAGAACGAUGAUGCUUCGGAUGAUGAUGAUAAGGAAUUAGCGGCUCCUCCAUCGGCGAUGAAGCGAGACUGUGAGGAAGAGAUGAUAAGCAUUGAGUCGACGACUGCAGGGAGUUGUUCUUCCUCAGAGAUCAGUUCCACGUUCUCCGGCUUGGCUCCGUUGAGUGCUGAAGAUGGCAAUUACAGCUCUGCUAAUUUAGGCUUUGGUAUGGGGUUUGACGAGUUAAUUGCGUUGAUGAGUGCUCACUGAAAGAAAAUAUCUUGCUGGAAAAUAGUGGUGAAUGUAGUAGUAACUGUGUGAUGAAAACCCCAAAAUAUUGGUGGUUGAUUGUCUAUGCGCAGAGUAACUGAGUGAUAACGAUAGCUGUGGAUGAAAUCGUCUAUAUUAUAUUUUAUGUGUUGAAAAUGUGAAUAGAAAUAAGAAGGGGAUAGAGAGAACUCUAAUGUGUAAAAAAUUUUUAAAAUAAGGUUGUUUGUUUAUAUUGUAUCAGAGGUAUUAUAGUUGUGAAUAAAUGUAUGAAUAUUUUGUAGUCUUUCA